AUGAGCACUUUAACAAAAUAUUAAGAUGAUGAUUAAAACUCUAAUACAGAUAUAGAAUUAGAAAUAGAUGAACCUAAAAAGCGUUUAUAUGUUUACAUAUAGCCUAAUGAUAUUUUAAGUCUUUGGGCAAUAGUUGAGGAUUAGCUUAAAAGUAUAAAAGCAAAACACCAUACUAUGAACGAAAUUGUGGGGAUGAUAUAAAAAAUUAUUAAUGCUCAUUUCACAAAUAAGAAGAAUAUUUCAACACAAAUUCUUUCAGAAUAUUUAGAUGAGCUUUCAAUGAAGAAACAGCAAUUAUAUUAAAAUGAAUUAAUUCCAUAUAUGGCUAAAUUAGCUCUAGAUAUUAGUAAUGCUUUUUAGUAAGAACCAAUAAAAUUGCUUCUUUAAGGAGAGAAGGAGGAAUAAAAAUUUACUAAAUACUAAAUAGCUGUGCUUCUAAGCAAUAUGUUUUUUUGUACUCUACAUAAAUAGCCUGAUUUAGAUAAUUUUCCACUUUGCUUUGAUUUUAGUAAAUUAUACAUGAAAGGGACUGAUGCCUCACUAAACAAUUUAAAAAAGGAAAAACUAAAAUUCCUAUUUAACUAUUUUGAGCAAGUUUAUAAUGAUAAAAUUAAUUUAGAUCUUUGUGUGUCAUUUGAAAGAGUAAAUUAUAGCUAUGGAUAACAAGCUUCUAUUAAUGAUUUAAAAAAGAGUAAUAUUACAAAAAAAUCUUUAGUGGAAGUAUAUUCAGAUAAGAGUAUAGAAUCAGGAAGGAAUUUAAUUUAAGUUACUUUUGCUAAUAAGUUAAUUGGAGGAGGGGUAUUAAACAGAGGAGCUUUGCAAGAAGAAAUUAGAUAUCUUAUUUCACCUGAAUGUUUAGUUGGAAUUCUAUUAUUUUCUGAGCUUUAAGAUAAUGAGGCUAUUGUAAUUUAGGGAGCUUAGCAAGUUUCUGACUAUGAAGGUUAUGGAUGCAAUCUUACAUUUAAAGGCCCAUAUUAUGAUGAUUAAUUAGAAGUUUAGGAAGAAAACAAUAUGUUAAAUGUAGUUAUAGUAGGAAUGGAUGCUAUAGAUUUUAGUAAAGUUGAAAUAGAAAAUGAAAAAUACGAACAUAAUUAUUAGUUCGAAUAAAAUAACGUUAUGAGAGAUAUUGCUAAAGCUUAUACUGCUUUUAGGUGUGAUAACGUCUUAAAAUAUAAUAACCGUAGAUAAGGAAUAAUUACAGGUAAUUGGGGUUGUGGUGAUUUUAAAGGAGACAAGGAGUUAAAAUUUCUAAUUUAAUGGAUAGCCGCCUCUUGGUGUAAAAGAGAACUUUACUAUUGCACACAUAAUGAUUAAUUAUUGAAAGCAAAAAUAGAAGAAAUAUAUUAAUAUCUUAAAAGCACUGAGUACACUUUAUAUUAGAUACUUUAAUUUAUUGGCAGUUACUAAGUUAGAAAUAAAAUUUAUAGUGAAAUAUCUUUGUUUGACUAUAUCUGCCUAUUAAUAAAUUGA